AAAACAAAAUUAAAGUUUAUUUUGCAAUUUUCUUUCCCAGUAACUAAAUCAAUCUAGAUUAUGGUGAAAGCUUACAAAUCUAGCGUAAACAUACAAAACCAGUUGAUCAUCAGUCCGUUUCUUAUAAGUUUUGUUGUUUUGUUUUUGCAAUGGCGUCAAAACAUAAAAAACCAUCUGAAUCCGAAGUCGCGUUGGUAGCUAUUUAUCGGUUGAAGUUCUACAAAAACCAGAAGAACUGGAAGUUCUGCCAGGAUGUGUGCAAGAAGGAGACUACAGUUCCUAAAAAUAAUAAGGAGCCCGCGAAAAAUGCGAGUAGUUCAAAAGCGGACCUCAACAAAACGUAUAAUUUGGUACCAGAGCCGGUUCUGUCAGACCUUAACGAUGCCUUCUUGGAUCCAGAUCCUAGCAAAAUCUUCACAGGAACUCCACCAGAUCCAAUAACUACCCAAAUAUUACACAACUGCCAGAAAGCAAUCCCUGAAGCCUUCUUAAACAAAUGGUCAGAGUCAGACAACCAGUGGCCAGAAUCAGACAACCAGUGGCCCGAACCAGACAACCAGUGGGAGGACCCAAAAAUACCAUGGCCAGAAUCACAGUACCAGUGGCUGGAACCAGAGAAGCAGUGGCCAGAGCCAGAGAAGCAGUGGCCAGACUUAGAGAAGCAGUGCCCAGAAGUAGAGAAGCAGUGGCCAGACGUGACCAAGAGCUGGACGAAUACAAACAAGGCCUGGUCUGUGCCAGAAAUGCCGGAGCAUGGCUGGCAGUAUGCUGCACAGGAGUGGGCCCGGCCGGGCUCGUGUGUCCCGGCGGCGCCGCUGCGCGCCUACGAGAUGGACAAAGGCUGGCCGGAGCCCUGCGCCGAUGAUAAUCCGUACCCAGAGCCUCUUCAGCCAGAAGCGGUGCUAAACGCAGCGGAUGACUGGCUGGGCGACGCACAGCGCUGGCCCACUGGCGAGGAUGGUCGCUGCAUGUCUUCGGACAGCAUGGUGUCGUUCAUGAGAGGCGCCGCCGCCGCGCCACACUCUACAGAAGUCGACCUUAAUCUGUCCGCGACAAGCGAGCCAGAUGUAUUCAGCGCGCGCGCCGCGUGUUUAUCGCGAAGACAGUUAGCGGGUGCGGUAAGAAGCCACGCACUUGCUUUAAGGCUGCUGCUGCGAGAAGCGAGCGCUAGAGAACAGGCCCACAUUUUACGAGCCACCCACACGACGCCCCACGAAUGCCCCACGCGCGACGUGGGCCCGCAGCCGCGCGGGGCGUGCGGGGACGGCGCGGGGCGUGGCCGGGGACGACUCCAGCGGGACAGGAUCAUCGGGAUCGGCAUGGGAAGACCUUAUAGGCUGUGAGGUUUGUUGGAGAUGUUAGUUGAUUGAGAAAAGUACGAAAAAUGAAUCUUAGUUAAGCUUGUGGAAAGUGGGAAAAAAAUUAUGUGGUGGAGGACUCGAUUAUUGAGAAAAAUGAGGAAAAUUUGGAACAAAUUUUGGAGUGCGGAAAUUAUGGUUAUUGUAAAAAGUUUGCGAAAAAAUUGAAAGUAAAAAUUCGCGACUUAGAAAGUUGAAAAACAAAAUUAUAUUUAAUAAUCUUGGCAAGGUUGUUGGUUGUUGUAUUUAUUUAAAAUCUAUGAAGUGUAAUGAAAAUGAACGUGGUGUAACGUUUUUUGUGAACUGACGGCUGUCACCGUGACAUCUGUCAAAAAGCCACGCCCACAAAAUUCACUACUUCUUAGUUAAAAAAUCUGACCAAUUUAACAGUGAAAGCCUUACAAUGAUUGUUUUUUUUUAGCCUUAACACAAGGCAAUAAAGUUUUUAAAUUAUACUUAUCUAAAUUAGUAGUUAGUGUUUAAAAUGACGUACUGAUUAAAAUUAAGCUUCAGUACAAAUUACAUUGAAUAUAAUC